AUGGGCGGGCUCAACCUCGAGGUAUUCAAGUUCGGCUUGUACGUCAUGUUCCCGAUCGGGAUCAUGUACUACUUCGGCACGAACCUCGACAACCGCUUCUCGGUGCCCAACUUCUGGCCCAAGGCCGAGCAGGCCAACAAGGUCCCGCUCGAGCGCGACGAGAUCCACGCCGAGCUCGAGAGGUUGCGCGCCAGGCGCCUGUACCUGCGCGAGAAGAGGCUGGCGGCGGAGGAGGCGCAGGCCGCGGCGCUGAACCGGAGCCAGGGGCAGGGGCAGGGGCAACAUGACGAGUAG